AUGACCGAUAUAACUGGACGCCGCAGACAAGAUUCACCGCACUCAAUACCAGGCUCGUUGACUUUAUCAGAAGGGAGGACGCAAAUUCUAAGUGGCAAAACAGAGGUUGGACGUAGUUUCAGCAGUCGCGACGCGGCUGAUCUUUCGGGAACAAUUCAAGAUUCUGGUGAACGGCCUGCAAUGCGUUCGCAAGAUUUUGCUGGUGGUCUUGGUGGUAGAGGUGGUCCUGCAUUACCGGGAACGGGAGAUGGUGAGAAUGAUUUGUCUGGCAUUGGGAGACCGGCUGAGGGUACAGGACAGCCGAGUCCCAAACCUGCGGAGGCUGAUAAGGAUCUGAAAUUCAAGAUCACUCCUCCUGCAAAACCAAAGCCACAGGUAUUGGACAUUUCACAGUUCAAGAAUCCAGAUGGCUCUUAUGAUAUGGCUAGAAUACAAGCUGUGGUAUCGACUCGGGUUCAGACUGGUAUUCGGGAAACGAGAGCGGAGCGUCGGGCCCAAAGGGCUCGGGGCUCCACGGUUUCUGUGCCAGCAAUGAAACCCCUCGAUACUUUGCAAGCAACGAAACCUUUGGGUAGGGAAGAAGAAGCUUACCCUUCGCAAGGUGGUAGAUCGAGCGGGCGAGGUGGACAACAACGGAGACCGCGAGGAAAUCUUAAUCUCUCCCCUAUUGCUGAAAGAAAUUCGAUGGGUAGUAAAGAGACGGAAAAUCCCGAAAGUCAAAAGAAGACUGUUUCACCUGGAGAUGGUGAGGAUUUGGAGACUGGGAAGGUAGAUUCGGAUAAGGGAAAACGGUCUGCCGUGGAGCCUGUAGCAGAUGAUGACGGCAGCUUAUAUAGUGCAUCUCCUCCAAGACACCCGGUUCCAAAGCCUUUACCGCAUGGUUCGAAUACUUCUCCAGGCCGAAAAGAAAAGUAUCGUAGAUGGGCUGCCGAGCCUGCAGAUCCACCGACUGUCGAAGAAAAGUUCCAGGAAUGGGUGGACCGUGGUAGAAGCUCCGAAGGUAAAACCGCAGCUCAAGAACUCGAAGCGUGGGCACAAAAUGAUCUAUAUGAUGCACGCGAAAAACAUCUGGCAUGGCUUUUUCAACAGAGAAGUGCAGCGAGUCGCCAGCUCAAAAUUGGAACCGAGCAGAGCAAACUACCCCAGUUGGAAAACGUCAUCAUCCAGUGCACGCUUAGUAUCAAAGAAGCUAUCAGGUUGGAAGAAAAACGGCAAAAUCGGAAUGCUUUCAGAAAUAAUGUGAAGUUAGAAACAAAUGUUUUGGUGAAACGCAUAUUGGAGGAAGUACUUCAAGAAAUGGAUCGCGAAAUCGAAGUUGAUGAAAAGGUCGAACAAGUAAAACUCCAGAUGCAUUUGCGUCCCGAUUCCGUUUGGAGAAAGGCGUUUGAUAUGAUGCCUGCCGAGCGAGCGGCGCUAGAUAUACAGGCUGGACAUCACUUCGCGGCACCUGCACAACAACCAUCACCUAUGGUACUUCGAGAGUCUUUCGCCGAACAACUUCUGAGAGAUAAAUGGGAAAAAGAAGAUGCGCCUGAAGAACUUGAAGAUCUUUUUGAUCAUAUUGGUACAUUCUCCGAUUCGCAAGAGAGAGACACAUAUUGGGAAGCUUUCCAAGAUAUUCGUCGAGCCAUAUUACUCCAAAGAAACAAGGAAUUGACGGACCUGUGGAAACAACAAGCGGAUGAGGUGAAAGCCGAUCGACAAGAUGCUUGGCUGAAAUCGGAAGCUGAAGCUGAGAAAAAGCUAUUGAAAUUACGUCAACUUGAUAAACCAAAUAAGGAAGAAGAGGAGGCAAAGAAACGUCACUUUACGGACACUCUAGCGGCAAAGGUAGCAAAGAACAAGGUUGAGGAUGUGGAAAUGGGUAAGAAGCUUGAGGAUAUUGAGGGGGUAUGUGAUCCGCCAAACGUACCACCGGUGGCAGGGCAAAGAAAACGGACGGAUAUUUCUGGACUUUUGGCAGCUCUUAUAGGUAGGGGAGUUUAUAUACCUGAACCAGCUACACAAGGCGAAAAGGAUUCAGGAAGAAAAGGUCUACUCAAUGUCCGCACAGCGCCUAAAGCAGCUGGAGACAUUGGAGAAGCUGAGGCAGCUGCAGCCGUUAAUGUAUCUUUGGCUCCGAGAGAUUCCGCGGAAACAGAACCUCGAACAAAUUCAACCGAGGAAGAAGAGAAGAUACCACUUCCUGAACCACGUCCUGGUUCGCCCUUUAGAGCUGAAAACUCUCUUUCGCCGAUUCAAGAACAAAGAACAAGUCUCACUUUUGAAACGGAUCGUGAGGUUGCAGAUUUCUUGGAAUAUAUGGCGAUGGUAAGACAUAACGAGGAGGUAGUCAGGACAGGAGAAGGCGAACCUAUUGAUCCAGAGUUGUUGUUGGAAAAAGAAAAGACGGUGAUGGAUUCCGGUCCGAUUGACCCAGCCGAAGAGGAAAAAAGUCAAAAGCGGAUUCAAGCCGCGAAGAAAAGAUUAGAAAAAAUUGUUGCUAGACUGGAGAUGCCCAAAGAGGAGCUAAAGGCUCUUGAGGAAAAGGAGCGCAAGCAAAGGAAAAUGGCCAGAGAGAAGAAAGAUCGUGAAGAGGCGGCUGCCUGGGAAGAAGCUGAAAGACUCAGGAAACAAGAAUUGGAGGAUGCGGAGACAGCGAGAGGUAAGGCCGAAGCUGAAGAAAAGGCAAAGGAGGAGGAGAGAAAAAGAAAUGAAAUUGCCAAAGGGAAUAAAGCCGAGGAAGAGAGGAAAGAGAGAGAGAAAAUGGAAAUGGCGGUCAGAGAUCAGAUCAAUAAGGAGAGAGAAGAGAAAGCGAAAGCGGAUAAAAUUGCAAGGGACAAGAUGGCUAAAGAUUUGAAAGACAAGGAGGAGAAGAAGAAGCCAGAUUCCCCAACAGGUUUUGCUGGAGAUAUCUUGGCCAAGAUAAAAAAUGAUCUCCUGGCAAAAGCUGGAGGAGUCGAUCUUUCCAAACCAGCAGGUGAAGCGAAGCCAAAGCAGGAAAACAAGGAUCUUGAUGAUUAUAUAAAAGAGAUCAAACGCAAACUUGAAGAGGAAGGACGUGCGCGGAAAGAGAAUACGGGUAAGGGCAAGGACAAGCCUGAGGAAGGUACGGCAAAGGACAAAGACAAGCCUGAGGAAGGUACGGCAAAGGACAAGGACAAGCCUGAGGAAAAUCCACCUGCUGAGACUGACUCUGCCAAAAAAGCACUCAUUGAGAAGGAUAAUAGAGAGGAAGCCGCCCGCAGAAGAGAAAUGGAGCGAAAAGAUCUCGAGGCUGCCAGAGUACGAAAUGAAGAAGCGGAAGCGAAAAAGAAAUUGGAAGCGGAGGUAAGAAAGAAAAGGGAGGCGGAGACGGAGGCGAAAAAGAAAUUGGAGGCGGAGGCGGCAAAAGAUAAACCGACGGUAGACUACGCAGCCAGAGACAAAGCCGAGCGCUUAGCACGCGAGGAACGAGAACGUGAAACGAGAGAACGCGAAACGAGAGAACGUGAAACGAGAGAACGUGAAACGAGAGAACGUGAAACGAGAGAACGUGAAACGAGAGAACGUGACCGCUUAGCUCAGGAGAGAGCAGAUGAAUUAAAAAAUAGACCAGCGCCGACUGCGGAGCAAAAAGCAGAAGCUGAGAGAAAACGUGCAACGAUAGAAGAUGAGAAGAAAAGACGGGACAAAAAAGCACGAGAUGAGGAGGUCGAAAUCCAACGGCAAAAGGACCAACUUGCAGAAGAACGUAAGGCUAAAGAGACUAAAGAUAAGGCGGAAAAGGAACAACUUUGGAUUGAGGAGGAGAGAAGGCAAUUAGCGGAAGGUCUGCGUGAGCAGAAGCGGAAAGAGCGCGAAGAAAUGGAACGUGUGGAGCAAGCGGAGAAAAAUCGAUUAGCAGAAGAAGAAAUGAAUCGUCUGUACAACGAGCUUCAACGUGAGAAAUAUCAGCAGCAGAAGGAGAAAGAUCGAAUGGAAAGAGAAAAACGUGAUCGGGAAGAACGUGAAAAAAAUGAACGUCUAGAGAAAGAGAAGAGAGAUCGAGUGUCGCAAGAAGAAAAGGAUCUUAAGCAGAAAGAUCUCGAAGAGACUACACGUUUGAAAAAAGUGGAGGAAGAUCGACUGGCCCGCGAACGUAUAGCGAAGAAGCGGAAGGAAAAAAAGAGUGAAAGAUCAGUAAGAGUAGAAACUCUCGGGUCAGAAACAAAAGAUCCUGAUCUCAGAAAGAAGAGAAAGGAACGUGAAAAGAAAGAGAAGGAUAAAAGAGUCGAAGAGUUAGCUGCAGCAGCUGCACUUGCAAAUAGGGCUGCAGGAGGUGGACUUUUCCAAAACAUCGCCAACAGAUUAAAUUUUCCCGAUCUGUCCUGGUUGACUCCCAGAGGUCCUACACAUUUGCAAGUAAGACCUGCUGCAGAUAUAGCUUCCAAUCCUCCAUCUCCAUCUGUUCAUUCUCCUGUUCCGGCUGACUACGAGUUGGCCCCUGAUUCUAUAGCUUGGAUGCACGCUUAUGCUGCCAAGGCUCCUGCUCGCAGAAAAAUCAGUCUCAAUCUUAUGAUUUUCACUUCUGCGAAACAUUAUUUGCCGGAUGCGACACCGCCGCAUUAUUUGGCCUGUCAUGAUAUUCCGGUAGUGUGGAAUGUGUCGCAGUUGAAACGACAUCUUUCGGCGAUCGUACAGAGGGCGAAGGUGGGGGGGAAGAAAACUAUGAAGUUGAGGAUUGAGAGGAGGUGGUUGAAGAAUGGGAGUAGGACGUUAUUGGAAGAGGGGUUUAGGGAUUGGGAAAGUGCGGUGGUAGUUAUGGUGGAGGAGGGUGAGAAUGUGGAGGAGGGGGAUUGGAAAGAGUGUGUUAGGGAGGCGGAUGGAAUGGCGGGCUGGAUAGAGGGUUGGCCUGGGAAGGGAGAGCUGAGUAUGCCGGGGGAUAGGAAGGCUUGGUUGGCGGAGGCGUUUGAGGGGGUUUUUGAGGGUCCGUUGAUUGGGAAGUAG